AUGAUGACGUGCCGUCUGCUGUGCGCCCUGUUGGUGCUUGCCCUGUGCUGCUGCUCGUCAGCGUGCGUGACAGCGACUGGUGGAGAUCCAGGUAACGGUGGCUCCAGCUUAUCGCCUUCUCAGUCAAAGGAAGCAGGUGCUCAAGGCACGCCAGGUGGCUCAGAGUCGCAAAUUCCUUCCACUAAAGGACAAGCAUCAGGACCCAAAAAUCCGGACAGUAAGGAAGCCGCUCCGGCAGAAGAAACGGAUAAGGCAACUCCGGAGCCUAUUACAAAAGAGGGAGCAGGUGUUCCAGGUACAGAAGGUCCGGAGUCUACUGCAAAAGCGAAACCAGAUGGGUCCGAUGGGUCAGGGUCGUCAGGUGGGUCCGUUAACCCAAAUAUAUCGUCAAGUUCCGUGACCGGUACGGUAUCGGUACAAAGUCAGAAGGAAAAUGCGCCAACAACAACCACGACUACAACAAAAGCACCAACUACCACCACCACUACGACUACGGAGGCGCCAACUACAACGACGACCACUCGCGCACCGUCACUUCUUCGCGAAAGCGACGGCAGCCUCAGCAGCUCUGCGUGGGUGUGUGCCCCGCUGCUGCUCGCCGUAUCCGCGCUGGCGUACACCACUGUGGGCUGA